AUGCUAGCUGAGUCUGAGGCAUAUGACAGAUGGAUUCGUGUGGCUGAUCUUGAGGAAGAUCAUCUUAAACAGAAAGCAAAACUCCAUUGGCUUGAGAUUGGUGACCAAAAUAAUAAAACCUUCCACAAUGCUAUUCUAGCUCGGAAAGCUACAAAUAUGAUCAGAGAAAUCAAGAGAGAUGAUGGCUCUGUGGUUUCCACUCAAGAGGACAUCAAAGCAGAAGCAGUGAGUUUUUUCUCCAAUUUUCUGAAUCACAUUCCGGAAGAUUAUUCAGGGGUUACAGUGGAGGAGCUGGAGAUGCUUAGUGAUUUUCGCUGUACAGAUGAGGAUAGGCUCGCAUUGGAGAAAGAUGUUUCAGCUGAGGAAAUCAAAAACAUUCUUUAUGCUAUGGCUUCUAAUAAAUCGCCUGGUCCUGAUGGUUAUCCUGCAGAAUUCUUCAAGUUAGCAUGGCCAGUUGUUGGUGAGGAUUUCAUUCUUGCUAUACAGUCAGUAUUCAUGAAAUAUUUUUUGCCAAAGGGAGUCAACUCCACAAUAUUGGCUUUGGUUCCUAAGACAACUGAGGCGAAAGAGAUGAAAGACUAUCGCCCCAUCGCUUGUUGCAACGUUCUCUACAAGGUGGUCUCAAAGAUAAUAGCAAAUUGCCUCAAAGCUAUCCUUCCUAGGAUUAUUGCGGCCAACCAGUCAGCGUUUGUACAAGGUAGAUUGCUCAAGGAGAAUGUUUUGCUUGCUACUGAACUGGUGAAAAAUUACCACAAAGAAACUGUCUUCCCAAGGUGUGCAAUGAAAAUUGACAUAUCUAAAGCUUUUGACUCAGUGCAAUGGUCUUUUGUCAUUGCUACUCUAACUGCGAUGGGUUUUCCAACCUCCUAUAUUCACUGGAUACGUCUUUGUAUCACCACUCCAUCCUUCUCGGUUCAAGUAAAUGGAGAGCUUGCUGGAUAUUUUCAGAGUGAUGAUCUAAUGGUGUUUGUGGAAGGUUCUAAAGAUUCAGUGGAAGGAGUAAUGGCAGUCUUUGAUGAAUUUUCUCACUGGUCGGGGCUUCAUAUCAGCUUGUUAUCUCGGGCUACCCCUUAUGACAAAAGGCAUGACUUCCCAAGACUAUCUACCUCUAACUUAAAAGGUCAGGACACGUAUAAGUUCAUGGACUACUCGCCGCUUAUCGUAUGCAGGAAGACUGCUGCUGAUAAAAUUACUUUCCUCUGGUCGGGUCCAGAUUUAAAAAGCUCAGGAGAAAAGGUGGCUUGGAAGGAUGUUUGUACUCUCAAGAGCGAGGGAGGUCUAGGCGUCAGACCUCUCAAGGAGGUGAACAUGACUCAUGGUCUAAAAAUUAUAUGGAGGUUGUUAUCUGAGAAGACUUCACUGUGGGGACAGUGGAUCCGCAUGAAUCUCACUAAGAAGAAGAGCUUUUGGGAAAUUAGCGGGAAAACUCAACAGGGAUCUUGGAUGUGGAAGAAAAUUCUAAAGUUGAGAGACAUUGCUAAAACAUUUCACAUGAAGGAUAUUGGUAAUGGUAGAAACACUUCCUUAUGGUUUGAUCAAUGGACAGACAUGGGGCAGAUGUCGGAACUGCUUGGUGAUCGGGGCAUCAUUGAUUUGGGCAUUCCUCGAGAGUCGAAUGUUGCAGAAGCAUUUACUAGGCAGCGUCCAAGACGGCGCCAUCGUACUGUUAUCCUGCAAGAGGUUGAGAAACAAAUUAUGAUCUACACAAAUAGCCGGCGUGAGAAUAUGCAGGAUACUGAUCUAUGGCGCAGGAGGUCGGGUUUCAAGAAGAGAUUCUCUAAUCACGAGACUUGGCUUCUCUGCCGCCAAGAAAGAACUGAAGUAGAUUGGGAUAAGGGGAUAUGGUUCUCUCACUGUACCCCUAAAUUCUCCUUUAUGAUAUGGCUGGCGAUGCUAAAUAAACUAUCAACCUUAGACAGAGUAGCUACUUGGAACAGAGGGACAAACCCAACUUGUGUUUUAUGUAGUGUUGAAGUGGAGACAAGAGAUCAUUUGUUUUUCAAAUGUUCUUAUUCAACCAUGAUCUGGGAGAAACUGGUGAAAGGGAUUAUGAAGAGAAGAUACUCAGACAAUUGGUCAUUCAUUACGAAUAUGAUCGUGGACAGUGGUAUGGAACCAAUCUCUACAUUCUGUUUCAGAUACUCUUUCCAGUGUGCUCUUUAUACGGUCUGGUUCGAGCGAAAUCGACGUAGACAUGGAGAUAACCCAAGAACUGCAGUAAUUCUGGCGAAGCAAAUAGACAAAAGCAUCAGAAAUCGUUUAUCCCUUUUGUCUAAGUCAGGAGACAAGAGAUAUGGGGGAGCUUUGGGUGUAUGGUUUGGUUUUCGUUAA